AUGGACAGCGACACGUACCACUCUGAUCGCAACCUCGCCAGUAUCUUGAUCGCCCCGCACGCCGCACUUAGUCUGCUUGCUACGAUCUUUGUUUGCUUGCGACUAUAUGUAUCGAAAUAUGUUACAAAAACCAGAUGGUCAACUACGGAAUACACUGCUAUCGCUACACUGGUAGCGAGCCAUGCUCUUCUCAUUGGUGAAGGCGUUGCUGUGCACUUUGGCUAUGGAGAAAACAUCACCAAGGUCCUGGAAGAAUAUGACGGCGGUCUUACUAACUUUCUAAAGGCCGUUAUUGCUGUCGAGGUUUCAUAUGGCUUCGCAUGCCCUCUAUCCAAAAUGGUAGUUCUUGCUAUGUACUAUCGCGUCUUCUCGACAUCACCGUUGAUUCGUUAUUCCACAUUUAUAAUGACCUCUUUAAUGGCCGGUUGGGGCAUCGCCGUAAUAAUAGUCAGCAUAUUUACCUGUACUCCAGUUCGCGGCUACUGGGAUCACCCAGUACCGAGCAAAUGCAUAGACUCAAACAAGUUCUACAUUGGAAUUACAAUCCCGAAUAUUAUCUUUGACUUAGUUACCGUCGCGUUUCCAAUCCGUGAGGUUUGGCGGUUACAGAUGGGUAGGGAUAAGAAAUGGGCCCUUACCUCUAUAUUCCUCAUGGGUGGAAGUGUUGUGUUUGCCUCGAUUGCGCGUCUCGUUCUGUAUCUAAUCUUGAAAACUUCGGAAAACAUUACUCAAACCCUCCUCUACGGCAACCUGGCAUCUUCAAGCGAGAUCUGCCUCGCCAUCAUUGCAGCCUGCAUGCCGCCGUGCUCACCGCUGUUGAAACGUAUAUUAACGAAAAUAACUACCAUCAUAAGCGCCUCCAAGUCAAAACAAGAUCAAGGAUCGAACGUUACAGAUGAUAGGAACAGACUUGCUACCCUGGUUACUAUUGGACAGAACCCCAGUCGCGGGAAGAACAUCACAGCUAUACACGGAGAUGGCUCAUUUGAGCGUCUUGACGAUAGCGUGAGCUUACAAGGCUCGACCGACGGUUUAUACGAUAAUGGCGCUGGUUGGGCAGAUCAUGAGCAAAGCAAAUGGUCCAAGAUACAUGUGCGGCAUGAAGUAGCGGUUGAGACUACCACUGCUCAAGAUAUCCCAAUGCGAAAUCUUUAA